AUGAAUUCUGAUAUGGAAUACAUCUACGAGCGCUAUGUUGAGUCGUCUGACUCGUCCAAUGGGGAGGACUACACGGAUGAGAUGGCGAUGAUGCAUGCGAUGCUUGCAGACGCGGAGCAUGCGGAAGAGCAUGUUCUCAAUUUCAAGGGAUCGAUCAAGGGUCAUCGAGUGCUCGGCCGGAACCGGGCGCGCAGCCAUUUGACGCUGAUGGACGACUAUUUCACCCUUGAUGUCCUCUUCGUUGACAAUUUUCCUUGGCGAUUUCAGAUGCACAAAAAUGUAUUCGAUUGUCUGUACCACAUCGUUCGGUCCUUUGAUGACUACUUCAUCUUGAAGAAGGAUGUCGUGGGAAGGAUUGGGUUCUCUGGUUAUCAAAAGUGCAUGGCCGCACUACAGAUGCUUGCAUAUGGCACAACCGUUGAUUCGUGGGACGAGUACCUAUGGAUGUCCGAGAGCACAUGCGGAGAUGCCCUGGUCAGGUUUGCAACUAUCGUAGUCGAGGUGUUUGGACCUCACUACCUGAGAGAACAAACUGUGACAGACAUCGAAAGCCUAUUGGGAAUCUCGGAAGCAAGAAGGUGGUCAAGUUUGAUUGUAUUACUUGACUGCAUGAAUUGGAAAUGGAAAACCGCCCAAAAGCUUUUCAAGGGCAAUAUAAGGGUCAUGUUAAGAAACCCAUGCACAAUCAUUCUUGAAGCAGUUGCAUCACAGGAUCUUUGGAUUUCACAUGCUUUCUUUGGCAUAUGUGCGUCUCACAAUGACAUCAAUGUGCUACAACGAUCACCAUUGUUUGCUAGGCUGAUGAAAGAAAAGCUCCUCCUUGCCACUUUACUGUCAAUGGGUAUGAGUACAACAUUGACAACUAUCUAG